AAACUGAAAUUACAUAAACACUCAAGAAAAAGGGAAAUAAAUAAGGAUAACGCUAUUCUCUUAUAUAACGUGCGAGAAUCAGAAUUUUCGCGAUAGUGUCGCGUGAUCUCUUUCGUUUUAUUUAUGUGACUCGCGUCUAUGAAUUUAUUUAUUUAUUAUAAAUAAAUCAGCCUCUCCAUCUGAUUCUAACCUAUCAGAAUUAGAAUUAAGGCAAAUUUGGAGAGUAGACGAAACAAUGGCUCCCUUCUGUUUACGUGGCCGUUUUCAUCACUAUAAUAAAAGUUUCAAAUUGCAUUCCAAGAAUGGAAAGAGAAAGAGUGGAAUGAAGAACAUGCAAGAGAAGUUAAGGAGGCUGAAAGCUGAGAUGGAGGAAAUCAGCGAGGAACAGAAGAAUAUAAGAGAAGGGCAGAGAAAAGUGAGGGAAAAAUUCGAAGCGAUUGAAAGCGAGUGUGAGGAAUUGAAGAGAGAAACUAAAACCAUUAUCCAGCAAACUGCCAGGACCCAAAUCAAGUUGGCCCUCAUGUUCCGAAUUUUCAAAGCCUCCCAACAGGCUGAUCUCGCCACUGUUGCCAAUCUCAAGAACUUGCUUCGUGAAAUAGUACGAAGAGAGAAUGAGGAAAGGCAAGCAUCAGGUGACAAUUGAACUGAAUGGAGAAAUUUCGUCUGCUGGUAGAAAUAUUAAGUAUAGAAUCUAGUGAGUUAAUAAAGUGGUUGCUGUCUUUUAGAAUUGAACUUACGUUUAAUCUAGUUUUUUCAUGUUUGGUGUUUUGUGACAACUUCAACUUAUUGAACUCUUAUUGUGUCUUAGGAUGAAAUUUACAUAUAAGGAAUGCCUUAAAACCAACAAGUCUGUAGAAAAUUUUAUAAUGCAAUCUAUAAGUCUAUGGUUCUACUAGAAUAUUCUAUGAGUUUGUGGUGCUUUAUACCAUGAGAAGCAAAUUUGUGCUUAUAGUUUGUGCAAUUUCACUGUAUUGGAGGAGUGAUUUGAAGAACGUGGAGCUUCUGGGAUCCAAAUUGCUAGUUAUUGUAAAUAUUUGUGUGUGUGUGUGUGUGUAAACUCACACAAAGAGUCAUGCAACUCUGAGACAGUUUAGGGGUCAGGAGUAGGAAGUUCUGGCUUGGAUGCUUUUGCAAGGUUCUUCUUGAGUUAUGAAUGAGCCAAAUAAGCUAGAUAGAUAGUGUUGUUUGGGUUCAGGGUUCAUUACUAUCCAUUCCAGUGUCCUAGGGUUUGUGCCACAAGUCAAAUUACAUGGUAAACGUCAUGUUGAAAUGACAUGGUCAUAGGAUGAUAAACUAGUUUCUGAAAUGAUAGUUGCUAGGUGUUUUGCUUGUGGCUUUUGUAGCCAGAU